GCGUAAAGUAUACGUCAUUAUUAUUAGCUGUGAAAGAGAAUCAAGUCUAAUGGGCAUUGUGGUACCGGGAUUGCGUGUAAAUGUGUGGGUUUGUUUCAUGGUUCAUAUGAAUCAUAUCAGAUAGUAUAGUGAGAAAUCAGUAUCAGUUCUUAUUUCUGUAUAUAGAAUUAAUUUUUAUGGCUCGUUUAAACACAAUGGCUACAAGGUGGAGUAGUGAAUUCACUGUCACUGAACACAAGGAUUUGCAAGCAAGUGCAAUGGCUGUGGACUGCACUGGAUUAUAUGCGCUUUUGGCCGGACGCAGGUAUCUGGCCAUCAAGAACUUGACGGACUCGUCCGACACGUUGCACAAAGUGUCUCACCAGAGCAAGUACGAGGUUGGCACUGCCGCGUGGAACCCCAGCUUGUUGAACAAGGACAUGUGUGCGAUCACGAGCAACCAGCGGAUCGAGAUCUGGUCGUGGCAGUCGGGCUGCGAGCUGGUCCCGUCGCACGCCUUCCGGGCGCACACGCGCGCCGUCAGCGGCCUGGACUGGCACCGCUUCGACCCCAACAUGCUGGCCUCGUGCUCCCUCGACACCUUCAUCCACAUGUGGGACGUGCGGGACCCGAGGAGGCCGUCCCUGUCCCUGUCUGCCGUCGCGGGCGCCACCCAGGUGCAGUGGAACCGGCUGUCGCGGUACCUCGUGGCGACCGCCCACGACGGCAACAUCAAGCUGUGGGACCAGCGCAAGGGCACGGCGCCGGUGCAGUACAUCGCUGCGCACCUCUCCAAGAUCUACUGCCUGGACUGGAGCCCGCACCAGGAGAACCAGCUGUGCUCGUCCAGCCAGGACUGCUCCGUGCGCUUCUUCGACACCACGGCCCCGCGGCGGCCAGAAAACAUCCUGUCCGCCUCGUGUCCCGUGUGGCGGGCGCGGUACACCCCGUUCGGGGAGGGCGUGCUGACUGUGGUGGUGCCCCAGCUGAGACGCGGCGAGAACAGCCUGCUGCUGUGGAACCUGGCCAACCUCACGUCGCCUGUGCACACGUUCGUGGGCCACACCGACGUCGUGCUGGAGAUCGAGUGGCGGAAGCUGCACGAGGAUUCUCAGGACUACCAGCUAAUAACGUGGUCGAAAGAUCAAAGUCUACGGGUGUGGAAGAUAGAACCUUUCUUGCAGAAGCUGUGUGGCUUUGACCAGGACGAUACUGACCAGUCGUUGGACUCUCAAGAAAACGGCGACACGUUGUCGAACAGGACAACGAUAGGCGCGGAGGACGGGGCGAAGCGCCUGCUCGAGCCGGCGGCGACCGCCAGCGGCUCGGAGGCGUCUGAGCCCCCGGGCGACGAGGCGGGUGGGGCCGGCCCCGAGGAGCGCGACGACGCGGCCCGGGAGGUCGUCUCGUCCCCGACCCAGCCCAAGACGCUGCAGCAGGAGUUCUCCCUCGUCAACAUCAACAUCCCCAACGUCCACGUCGAGUCCAUGGACGCGGUGCGCCGGAGCUGCACUGUCACCGCCAGCAGGAACGGCCACGUGGUGGUGCUGCUGGUGACCUUCCCCCCGAGCUACCCCUACAACUCCGCACCCUCCUUCCAGUUCGGCCAGGGCACCAGCAUCGACACCGCGGCCGUGGCCAAGCUGCUCAAGGUGCUGAAGCAGACGGCCCAGCAACGCGUGAAGAAAAACAAGUCAUGCCUGGAGCCGUGCUUGCGACAACUUGUGACGACGUUGGACCAGAUCACCUCGAGCGAAGACUCCGAGAUGAAGAUGUACCUGAGACUGCAUCCCCAGUCCACGCCUUUCCUGGAGCCGGCCAGCAUGUACGGCAACUUCCAGGAUGCAUACGUCCCCUUCCCCAGGACGUCCGGGGCAAAGUUCUGUUCUGUUGGCUACCUGGUGUGUUUCGGGCGGCUGUCGUUCGUGCGGAGGAUGUCGACGCGCCUGGACAGCCCCACGCCCAGGUCCCUGUCGGCGCUGGGGGGGUUCCCGCUUGGGGGCCCGCCCGUGGGCGCCGGGCCCCAGUACCCCAUGCUGUACGCGCCCCUCAUGCAGAGCCCCACACGCGACCCCGGCUUGCCCAUCACCUCCUACUACUUCCAGGACCGGAAACAGCUACCUCGCUCCAGGUCCAGAGGUAUUCAUGGCACAUCCAGGGGCGGUCAGAACUCCUCCAAGACUUCCACUAAGAAGAUUUCGAAAGCGGCGGUCACGAUAUACGACGUGGCUUCGUUGUUCUUCAUCCACAAAGAGCUGGCAGAAAAAUAUGUAUUCGACUGCCGCAACGUGGCGAGCAUGUGCCAGCAGAACUCCGCGGCGGCAGCGGCGGCCGGCCGCCGGGACCUGGUGCAGGCGUGGACCCUGGCGGGGCUCGCCGCGUCCGCCCCCGUCCACGCGCUCUCCGAGCUGGAGACGGACGUGCCCUGGCCCUACCACCCGUUCGGGCGGACCAUGGUGGAGUCCCUGAUUCAUCAUUACGCCAAGCACUCGGACAUCCAGACAGCGGCCAUGUUGUGUUGUGCGUUCGGCUGUCAUACAGAGAACACAGACUCCUAUAGGAACCGACAGCUCAGCAAAUCUGUCAACGUCAGUCGACUUGCUUCAGGGAAGUGGUGCCUCAAGCCGGGAGGGUCGCCCUACCACACCAUCCACCAGGUGGACACCAGCCUCGAGGGGUGGAGCCACCCGGCGCUGCGCCAGAACCGCUCCAACUCGUGGUCCGACUCCCUGGACGACCUGAAGCUGUCCGCCGGCAUCGUGGAGCACCGCGACUUCAACGACUCGGACAGCGGCAAGCACGUCAGGAUGCUGGACGAAAGGAACACCCAGCUGUACGAUGCCUACAAGAAGGCGUACGCGGAGAUCCUGUACUGCUGGAACCUCCUGGAUGCCAGGGCCCAGGUGCUGAAGUACCUGUCGACGGCCCCCGAGCCCCACCGGGGCGUGGAGUUCUGGUCCGAGUGCCGGCUGUGCGGCAAGGCCGUGCUGGGCGCCAGCUGCUACCACUGCCGGAGGCUCGUGCUGCAGUGCGCCGUGUGCAACGUCUCCGUGCGAGGUUCCUCCAACUACUGCCUGGUGUGCGGCCACGGGGGGCACACCGCCCACAUGACGGCGUGGUUCGAGACGGAGUCGUCGUGCCCCGCGGGCUGCGGUUGCGACUGCCUGGCCGAGAGCAGCGCCGUGCUGCGGCCGUGAGCGGGCCUUCGCCCCCCGCCCCCUGCCGUCUCCCGAGCCACGCGUCCGCACGUCCCACGCCUGCCGGGGCCUCACUUGGAAACGGACCACGUGGACAAGACAAGCAUUGCCCCCAACGUGGAACGUCACAUUCGAAGCAGCUAGAUAGAUCCGUCGAAGCUACGUGUUUUGUUGGAUGAUCCGCCCGAAACAGUAAACGGCAUUUUUGAGGUUAAUUUUUAUUUGGCUUUACACAACAGUUGUUUCAGUUUCCAGGACCUCAAGCAAAUGUUUCAGCAGACUUUUGCUAGUAACAAGGUUUUCGAUCAACUCGGUUAAUCAAAGCUCGUUUGAUUGAGAUUGCAUUGUAUUAACAAAUUGUGUACUAUAUACAGAUAUAUAUAUUUUUUUUUUCAUCAGAAGAAUUUGAUAGUUCUUUUGGCAGAUCGUAAUACAAUGUUGACUUGUGUGCAGGAUAGCUGUAUUGGUGUGUGUUCAUCCACAGCUGUCCACCCAACAGUAUAACAGUAUUAGUCCCGAGACACUAUACUUCAGACACCUGCGAGAUCGCUGCGGGUUGAAGUCCCUGCCCCAGUGGUUGUUUAUUUUCUCGGAAAGCAAGUGUUUUUUUUUUCUCCCCCUCCCGAUCAAUAGGCUCGUUGGCUGCUGUGGCACCAGUGCACAAUCAGAAUCUUUCAGAAAUCCAAUUGUACGUAACGGAAAGGUUGCGUUAGGGAGUGAGAACAUUGGAACCUUAAGAGGAAGGACGUGUGUUGGAAGCAGCGAACAGGAGAUGUUCUUGUGGAACGAAGGUGUGGACCAAGCAGGAGAGAUGAUGAUGAUGAUGAAGAAGGAAUCGGGAGAGCGGAGAGGAAGCGGCCGAGAACAGCUGUGGGUAGCGACAGCAGACAGCAGAGACUACGACAGGCAUCACACUGGGGGUGACUGAGCCAGGGCUUCGCUCUUCUCGCAGAGGUUGGGCCGGGAUUACACGCGGGGGAACUUGCUGGCCACCACGUGACUGCGCGAUACAGUGUCUCUCUGUGCAAUGUCACAAGUUUCGCAGGGUCAUAUUUAUUAUUUAACUGUAAUGCAUGUACAUUGAAUCUCUCAAAAGCGGAAGCAUAUUUUAUUUUUUAUCAUCAUUUCAAUGUGCAUCAAAGCAGAGUUAAACAUUACUUUUUUUAAUAUUCUCAGUGACUUGUAACUAAAAAAAAUUUAAGUUAGUGUUGGAUCUUACCGGCAGGUUUGAAGUAUUUAAUCACUGGAAUGUGCCCUUGGUUUUGCAUCAAGCCUGUCGGGAAACGGGACAGUCUCACGCCAUACAUUCAGGGGUAAGGCCGUCUUCUUGCAGGGGUUUGAGUGCACACUCCUGUACACUGCUGUGCCGCGGGUAACAUUCACAUUAAAAAAUAGUGUGCAGAUUAGUCCUAGCCAUUUUGAAUUUUUGAAUUUUUUAAUUGGCAGCUACAACUUUUGUUACUUUUUUUUUUGUUCUCGCUUGGCUUAAGCGCAACUUUGGAGAGAUGCUGUAGGUUUGAUUCAACAUUCCUGGACUCGCGUAAUAAUUUGACACGUUCACUCGCGUGAAAUAUUCCGCUGUUUUCUUCCCAGUGGUUACAGUAGAGCUGAUAAAUAAUUUAAUUUAACAAGGUAUGAAAAAUCGCAUAUGCUGUCAUAAUGGUAAAAAUUUGUGUAAAAAUAAUUAAAGAUUAAAAUAAUCACUACAGUUUUUAAAAAAAUAUAUAAUGGCUAGGACUGCAGUAAUGUUACAUGCAAUGUAACUUAAUGAGAUACUGUAAGCUCUCAAUUAAAUUUUUAGCAGUCAUAAAUAAAAGUAAUAAAUGUGUUGAUGGUAAUAUUGAGAGUCGGUAAAGGUUUUAUUUUGUAAUACAGUGAAAUACAGUGAACUUUCGUGCUCGAGUUGUGAAUGUACACACUGCACAGUUCGUGUAGUAGUGAACUGUCUUGAGGGAAAUCUACUCUUGUAGCUACAGGAGGUGACUGGCAAAGCCACUAUUUAUAAAUUACUGUGAUCUCUCUGUGACUCGUAUGUGGUGGAUUUUAUUGGUAGGUAGUAUUUAAUAUUUAUUUCCAGUUGCCUACCUUGCUGUUGCAAGUAUCAAACCAAAGAAACUGUUGGGUGAAAAAUGGUUUAAAAUGUUGUUUUGUACAUUGGGAGAAAAGUGAAUGCAUGAUUUUCGUAUUUAUGUAAAAUAGUUUGUGUCAGUGAUGUGUUAACCAUUAACAAUCAAGAGUUAAUGAGAGCUAAGAUUUUACUCUUCAGUUUUUCAGAAAAAAUUUCAGAGAACUGUGAUUUCUUACACAAGUUUUUUUUUUUUUAAAUAUCUAAAAUUCUUCAAUGGUUUUUGAGCUGUUCAAACCAAUUUUUGUUUUGUUUAAUAGGUAAUACAUAUAUUUUUUUAAAGUUAUGUUUAAUAUGUGUGUGUGUAAAGAGUUUUUAUAUGUUGCAGUGUUUGGUCAAAUUAUUUAUAUUUUGUUAACCCUCUUCAUUAUGUAUAGCGUAGACAAGUGAGGUAGUAUUGGAUUGCAGGAUAUUUUACAUAAAACGUGAUAAGCACACAUCUGAAAAGUUUUUUUUCUUUGUGAGGUGCUUUUAUAAGAUUGGAGAUGAAAAUCGAAGUAGUUAUUCUAGACUGAAUUGUUUGUAAAUAAUCAGUAUUAUUUUAAAGCCUGAAAGGUUUUUUUUUGUGUAGAAAAUCCUGUAAUAGACUGUUAAAUUUUAUGUUAUUAUUCAUGCAAUAACAAUGAGCAAUAAGUUAAGUCACAUGUUAAGUAUCUGAAGAUCACAUGAAUUUUUUUAAUAUACUAAUGUAAUUUUAUUUUUGCAAUUAAAAAAAAAGGUCUUAGUUCAGAUUUUGUACUUCACCAUGAAUACAGAUCUGGCAAAUAAAGAUUCUGAGUAAACAGUAUUGAUUUGUUUCUUUCCACUGGUCUGUAGAAUAAAAAAAUUUUUGAGUAAAACCCCAGAAAAAAUAUUAACACUAGGUUCUUCAUAGCUGUUAAUUUUUCUUGAAUGUUGUUCCUGUAGAAUUUAGUUAUUAAAUUAAAAUACAUUUUCAUUAAAUUGGUUUUAUUGUACUAAGUAUAAAAUUUGCUUUUGUACAAUUUGGAGUGCAAGCUAUUUACAAAUGAUGAUUUUUUUUUAUAGUAUUAAAAAAAAUUGUUUUUGUGAGAGGGGACAGGCAGGACAUAUUCUUUCCAAAAAUAAUUUUGGACGGGAUGUGUAUUGUCUACCAGAUGUGUGUGUGUGAUUCUCUCUCUACAGUCAUUCUUUGACUCGACUGCAGCAGAAAUCAAACCCAAAGCACCAGUCCGACAUCACGAGCAUUCAACCGUUCGACCGAGUGGAAGGACUUGAUGAGAGCUGGUUCAGUUCCAAGGGUGGUGGGGGUCGAGUGGUCAAUCAUUCACCUCCCAUUCAAAGCGAUCCGGGUUCGUUUCCCAGCAUGGUACAAACCAGGAUUUUUCACAUGGGCGGAUCUAGGAUUUCCUUCGCCCGGGGCAGAAAUUGUGAUUAGCGCCUCCCCCCUUCACAUACUGAUAAACGUGGUACCAGACAUAAUUUUUUUUUCUCGCAUGAAUGUAAAAUUCAUUGAAUCCUGUUUACGGACAAGUGUUUUAACUGUAUGUUUUAUUUCACAUACAGUAUUACAGCAAUAAAAUAGUGUUCAAGGGUCAAAGGAAACACAAAAGAUAAAAAAUAUAUAUACACACAAUUUUUAUUGCAUUGCAUUGAUAAAUUACAAAACCGAAAAAUGUUUUGAUAACAUCUCUAUGCAUGCAUGUCCCGAAUAUUCUCUAGAGAUGAUCAUUCUGAAAAGAUUAAUCGAUUAUGAAUAAAAUUAAAAAUUAGUAGAUAUUUUUUUUUCCAGUUCCCCUUUUAUUUCAUAUUUUUUGUAGACUACAAAAAAAAUUUCAGCCCAUCAUACACUCCUUCUAACUUGGCCCCCCUUCCCACCCCCUUUCUUCAGUCUGGAUUUACCUAGAUCCUUUCAUGGUUUUUCCACAAGUGGGAAACUUUUCUGAUGUUUCCAUAAGUUGGUGGGUUUAUCCCUUCUCUAUCCACGCAUUGCAUAUCACAUCUCCAUCUCAAGAAUAGCAAGGAUGAAUAGACAGCUGAAAAGCGAUGAACGAAGAACAAUGGGCCAGUCUGAGAAGGUUAUACCAAUAUUCUGACAAAACCUAACAAUGAAGAAGAUGGAGGAGGCGGAAUAGAGAGGAAGUAAGACAACAAUUGAUAAGAUAGAAAAUGAUUAACAAGAGAAGAAUUUUAUGCAUCAAUCUGAAGAAUGUUAAAAAAAAAAAUAAAUAAAUAAAUA